CCACAAAGAAGAAGAUAAAGAAGGCAAAACAACUCCGCAUGUAGCUAACAUUUACAAUAAACAUUUUUUUAGUUGUGCCUCUAGCUUGACAAAUUAUUCCACCUGGGAAAUAUUUCGUAUAAGCAGAGAAGAUUUUCUCUAAUGUUUCUAAUUACAUGCUGGCGAGAACAAACAACGCGGGCAGAAUUACACUGGGCAGCUAGGGUUAGCCAAAGAAGCUAACCAGCUAGCUCCCAUUAGCUGCAAUGGCAGCGUCCACUCCUCCAGUGAUUUCAGCUCCUGUAUUAAGUCAGAAGCAACGCAGGGCUGCUCUGAGGAAAGAGAGGAGGAAACGGAAACGCCAGGCUCUCGCCCAUGCUAGAGAACGAGAUUUAAAAAAUGGAGCAAGCCCUACUCCUGGAGAAGAAGACGAAGUAAAUGAAGACGGUGAGGAUGACGAUGUUGCAGAGGAAGAAAGACAGCGUCUUCAUGAAGAGUGGCUGGAAAGAGAGCGGAUUGCCCAAGAGGAGUUCAGACUGCGUUUGGAGAAGGAGGAAACAGCAAGGAAAAGAAAAGAGGAGGAGGAGCGGAUGAUAAAGGAGGAAUGGGAAGCGCAACAGAGGCGAGAACAAGAAGAAAAAGAGCAGAAGCAGCAGGAGAAGCGAGACAGAGAGGAGGCUGUUCAGAAAAUGUUGGAUGAAGCUGAAAAUCAGCUGGAUAAUGGUGGCCCGUGGAUGAACCCUGAGGCUCCUGUGACAGUGAACUCUGAGAACUUUGGAACGGAGCGUGACGUAGCCAACUGUCCGUUCUUCCUCAAGACUGGAGCGUGUCGAUUUGGAGACAGAUGUUCUCGAAAACAUACGUAUCCUGCAACCAGUCCAACGCUGAUGAUCCGCGGAAUGUUUAGAACGUUCGGUAUGGAAGAGUCGCGCCGUGAUGACUAUGACAUCGAUGCUUGUUUGGAGCACAGCGAGGAGGAGAUGCAGGAGUCCUUCCUCGAGUUCUACCACGAUGUUCUGCCAGAGUUCAAGAGCGUCGGCAAAGUGUUGCAGUUUAAGGUCAGCUGUAACUAUGAACCACACCUGAGAGGAAACGUUUAUGUUCAGUUUGACACAGAGGAGCAAUGCAAAGAGGCCUUCAUCAAAUUCAAUGGGAGGUGGUAUGCAGGCCGGCAGCUUCACUGUGAGAUAUCACCUGUUACACGGUGGAAGAAUGCCAUAUGUGGAUUGUUUGACAGACACAAGUGCCCUAAAGGGAAGCACUGCAACUUUCUGCAUGUAUUUCGAAACCCUGGGAAUGAAUUCUGGGAGGCUGACAGGGACCUGCACAUGUCCCCUGACCGCAGUGUAAGGGGCAGUCACAGAGACGGGUGGCAUUCGAGCCGAUCAUGGAGGCAGCGUCAUUACAGCAGGAGCCCGGUGAGAUCGGAGAGAUCUGAAAGGAGACGAGACGAAGACAGGCGAAGGAGCAGGAGCAGAGAGAGGAGGCCGUCAUACCACAACAGAGAGGACACACGGUCGUCCAGAUCCAGACACAGUGACAGGUGGAAAGACAGGCGAAGGAGCAGGAGUAGAGGCAGGUCAAGGAGCAGAAGUAGAGACGACGAGCAAGACAGGCGGAGAAACAGAAGUAGGGACAGAGAGAAGGAGCAUAGGGGUAGAGAUCAAGAGAGAAACGGUAGAGGCACGAAUGACGUCGCUCACAUGGGAACGAGAGAAAAGUCGAGAAGUAAAGAAAGAAGCCCCAAAUCACCUGAUAAAAGUAAGAAAAAGUCUAAUGAUGACAGCAGCACACAUCGUCGCCACAAACACUCCAAAAAGAGCAAGAAGAAGAGCAAGAAGAAGAGCAAGAAGAAAAGCCAUUUGCCUGAAGAGACAGCUUCAUCUGGAGAGUCAGAAAAAGAGGAGUCAGGGGAGGAGACGGUGGAAAACCUUUCAACAUCAAGUCCCAGUGGAGAGAGAAAUGAGAUGGAGCAAACGCAGAAAAACAGUGAAAGUGAAUAGUCCGAGGAAAUGUGAGGUGACCUCACUGAAAAUAUGCUCUUUUUGUAGCGCACAUUUUAAAAUCUACAAAUCAGAUUUUCCUAAAAAUAACUUCUAGAAAUUUGUGCACACUGCGAUACAUCUCCGCCUUACCGAUCUGGAUUUUAAAUGAAUAAAAAGGGAUGCAUUGCAGUUUGUGAGUCCUGAGAUCACUGUAUUCUGAUGCGUUAAUCCAGUUUAAAAUGCAAUGAUUUUAAUGUAGUCAACAUUGGCACUUGUCAACACCUUUUGUGUACAUAUGUGAAUAUUUUCAAGAUGCUCAUUGUGGCACUACAUGUUACGUAACAAUAUAAAAACAAAAAAACCCUUGCUUUUUGAAUACAUUUAUUUUUAAUAUCUUUCAAAUAUAAGAAAAAUGUGUUGUCAGUGUUUAAUACAAAAACUGAUUUCUUUUGCACAAAUCAAAGUUUGAUAAUACGAGUGUUCAACGACAACAGUUUUGAUCUUGAUAAGAAAAAAAGACUUCCAUACAGUUUGAGAUGAGUAACUAUUUAGAAGUUGUUUCCUUGCACAUUACAAUGAUAUACCUGAUAUCUGCAGUUCAUGUUUUUAUGUUCCCACUCCAUGAAGAAAGUCAUGAUCAACAUGUCUGGGCAGACUGGAGUAAUUCCAUAAUACUGGUUUAUUGUAGCCAAAUAAUUCCCACAUCCGUGACAUCAACCUGCAGUUAUAAAUCCCUUUUUUCUGCUGUUUUAGCCUCCUAUAGACACCACUGAGAAGGUAAAACACAGUGUUCUUUGGUCAUAUGUUAGUCGUUAAGAGUAAGCCAGAGCUAUAUAAUACACAAAAUAGUGGUUUUAUUUGGGUCACUAUCCUAACCUAAUUCAGCACUAAGGGAGGAACUGGACCUAAGAUAUACUUUCAGAGGCUUUUACAAACCUCAGUGUUUUUUUGUAAGGACAAUAAGUCGAUGGUCAAAAACACUACAGAAAUACAGUAUAGCAAACGUGACACUAGUUACACAGAAACCACCCACAUAUAACAAUUAGUCUGGAAAUGUGAAUAUGAAAUGAUUCAUUUGAAGAGAAGAAUCACAGAAAAUAAACCUGUAUUAAGUGUUAACACAGACACAAUGAUUAUUAAAUGUGUAAUUUUAGUUACUGGGUUCAGUUUAGCCAUGAAUAAGUGAUUGUAACAGUGUCUGUGGUUCCCUUAACAGCACUGGCCCCAGCUGGUGGCUUUGAUGCAUUACCAUUACAUAUGAGCAUGCAACAUAGGAACUGGUUAUUUGUUCACUCAUUCAGUCCAACCCUUGUACCUGAACAUUUUCAGAUGAAUGUGUUUUGUUUUUUUUUAACUUGUUAUGCCACUUAACACUGGCUGUGAGACAAUGAGGCAUAAAAAGGUAUCAUUGGAUGAACCAGCAUCAUCUCUACACGU